GUCGUCUGGCUUUCUCGAUCCUUGGACGAGCCUCCGGACGGCAACCACAGACCCCGGAAUUCACGCCACGCGGCACCACCUCAUUACUGCAGCCUCGUUGACGCCCGGCACCCGUUGCCCCCCCUCUACCAUCACCGGGCCGGUCACCCCCUUCCCGACCGUUGGGACGUGCAACCCCUGAAGGCCAGCAGCUGCAUCUUCCACCUCUUCACCGGGACGAUAGAUAUAUAUUUUUACACUCGAGCCGCCUUACGACCUCCGGCGCCGCGGCUGUGGCCCCGCCCGUCCGCCGCCCGACUGCCCCGCUAGAUCUUGCCCGGCUCCGGAGAAGCUCGGGCUGGCCCUACCCGCUUGGUUCCACCAGCUCCUGUGCAGAAUGGAAACGGCAGGCACAAACAUGCAGACCCCUGGCGAGGUUGCACCGCGGUACUCGUUCCUUUUUCCAAUCGGCUAUAGCAAUUCAUCCGAGUGCGGGUACUGCCGCCGGACUCGCAGUGGUCAGUCCACAAAACGUUAUUCUUACUAUGCUAUAGCAACAUCCCUGACGCCAACCUUCUACCAGAAGCUCGUCGACCGAUGCUGGAGGCGCUCCGGCACUCUCUUGUACCGGCCGAAUCAGAAGCACUCGUGUUGCCCACACUACACUCUCCGGCUAGACUCAACCCAGUUCAAGCCCACCAAGGAUCAGCGCCAGGCCGUCAACCGUUUCAACCGCCACAUAAUCGGUAAUACAUACGCCAGAGAGGCGGCCCGUCUGCAUCCACGGUCCCGCGCCGAGGUAAGGAGGCGCCACAACGUCUUUGACCUGGUCGAGAGGAUCCAUGAAUCCGAAGCCGAGGUUCUCAAGUCCCCGCCGUCGCCGGACUAUGCGUUCACUGUCACGCUAGAGCCGGAUACGUUCACCGAAGAGAAAUACGACGUCUUUGAGAACUACCAGCGCAUCGUCCACCGCGAGCCCGCGGACAAGAUCUCGCGCCAUGGGUUCAAGCGCUUCCUGUGCAACUCCCCACUCAGCCGGGAGACCAUGGUCGGCCCGGACGGCAAGGAGCGCCAACUAGGGUCCUUCCACCAGUGCUACCGUAUCGACGGGAAACUGGUCGCCGUGGGUGUGCUGGACCUCUUGCCCGAUUGUGUUAGCGCCGUGUACUUCCUCUACCACGAGUCGAUCCACUGGCUGAACCCCGGCAAGCUGGGCGCCCUGCGCGAGAUUGCCCUGGCCCGCGAGGCGGGCUAUCGCUGGUGGUAUCCGGGGUACUAUGUACACAACUGCGCCAAGAUGAGGUACAAGAUCGAGUACAAGCCGCAGUAUGUCCUGGACCCGGAGGAUCUCCAAUGGUAUCUCCUGGAUAAGGAAGCCCUGGAGAAGUUUGACAAGGGCCAUUAUGUCUGUUUCUCGAAAAAGGAGCAGGCCGUCGGCGACGUCGAUACCGAAAGGGAGGGCGUUAAUGACACAAACCACAAGCACAUUCCGGAAUCCUCCGAAAUCGACACCAUCGUCUCUACUCAAGACAACGCAGUAGAUAGCGUAGCAGCGGGAACCCACAACUCGACCGCAAGCGCAGGCUCUGAAAAGACCCCCGAAGAAGUCGACGACGAAGAAGACGAAGAAGAAGAAGAGGAAGAAGAAGACGCCUUCCUACUGGCCAGCAACAUGCCGGGCAUCCCGUCGCUCGCCGACAUGGAGCAGGUCGACAUGGACGGCCUGGUGCUGCGCUCCGACUUCUCCGACACCUUCAUCGUGGCGUCGCACCUCGUCAUCUGGGACACGGAGCACGUCAGCCAGUUUGGCUCCCUCAAGUCGCGCAUCGCCGAGCUGGUCGCCGCCGUCGGGCCGGACCUGAUUGGCGACGUCUGUAUCGACUUUCGCAAGCGGCCUUCUUCGUAGUAGUCCGGGGUUGGGGUUGUUGAGGUGUGGGUGGGUGAGUGUGGGCGGG